AGCCAAUCAGAUUACAGUAUUCAUACAGCGUCACCUGCUGCUACCUGUAGAGGGAAGAACAAGCUGCUACGACCAUGUCUCUCUGCGAUGACACACUCCUGUGCAACUUCCCAAAGUGUCGGAUCAAGCUGAACGGCUUCGCCUGGGUCACCGCCUGCUCUCACGUUUUCUGCGAUCAGCACGGGUCCGGCGAGUUCACCCGCUCUCCCGCCAUCUGCCCGGCCUGCUCCUCUGCGCUGUCUGGGAAGCUGGACAUCGUGAGGACGGAGCUGUCGCCCUCUGAGGACUACAAAGCCAUGGUGCUGGCAGGUUUGCGCCCAGACAUAGUUCUGGACAUCAGUUCCCGUGCUUUGGCCUUCUGGAGCUAUCAGGUCCAUCAGGAGCACAUGUAUCAGGAGUACAGUCUGUCACAGGCUGAGGGACAGCUCAAGCAGAUGGAGAAGGUGUUGACUCAGCAGAACCAGAGCAGAGAACUCGAGCUCACCGCCAUGAGAGGGGAAAUCAGCUCCCUGAAGAAAGUGAUGGAGGAUUAUAAAAGGAAGUACAGCGAGAUGUCGGAGAGGCUGAUGGAGAGGAACAGGCAGUACCAAAAACUACAGGGGCUGUACGACUCUCUGAGGCUGCGCAACAUGGUGGUGGGUGUCGGGGAGAGAGACACGCUGCCACAAGCGGGACAUCACAACGUCAACACGGGGGCGGCUCAGCCGUCGACUCCCCAGAGGAGCCCUCAGUUCCUCUCCGUGGGCCACGACGGGGACAGCAGAUUCUUCUCCUGCCUGGAGGCUGACGGAGCCAAGACCUUCUUCCAGUUCAGCUCGCCCGCCAGAGAGAGAGGCCGGCCUUUCAUCAGGAAGUACUGAGACAGGAACGACUUAACACUAUCUAUUUAUACACGCUGACAAAGUGUUCUGUUGUUUUUGUUGGUGUGUUUGUUCGAGUGCACUAUCAAUAGUAUUUAUUGUCGUUUUUUGGAACUAUUAAUGUGUUUUUGGCUAAAAAUAUGAAAACCAAUGUUUAUCUUUUAGUCCCGAUCUCUACUUAAGCACAAAUUUGUGUUAAGAAGUACUUUGUCGAUGUAAAUAUACUGCCUUGCAGUCUUCUAAUGUAAAUGUAGAGUGUAAACUUCACCUGUUUCUUGUCAAAUUAAAAAGGUAUUAAUGUAA